CAUGUGAGACAGGACUGGAUUCGGGCGGGAUCCUCCUCAGCUUUCCCCAUCCUGCCUUUUUCACGUCUCGCCUCAGCAAUCGUCCUUGCUGUCUGUCAGAAUCCUGGUUGAGCCGAUACCACCAUCCCCCCAAGUUCCCAAUUAGUGGCAACCUUGAUACCCCGGAUGGUCUAGGUCGAGAUCGCCAUACAAGAAGGGUCUUGGUCCUUAUCACCUCUUGUCCUCUUCCUUUUGCAGCCAUCAUCCACCAGUCACUUGGCGAUUCCGCCUUCUCAGCAUCAUGGCACCCAUCGCCAUCUCCCCAGAGCCAGAAAAGAUGCUCCCGGCCUCUGCAUUGACCACGGCAUUUGACGACACCAUCCGUUUUUUCCUGAAUGGCACCAGGGUUGUGCUCGAUGAAAUAGACCCAGAAGUCACCUUGCUCGAGUAUCUUCGAGGCAUAGGCCUGACUGGCACAAAGCUUGGCUGUGCCGAGGGCGGUUGCGGUGCAUGCACAGUCGUCAUCAGCCAGUACAACCCAACAACAAAGCAGAUCUACCAUGCCAGCGUGAAUGCGUGUCUUGCGCCGCUGGCCAGUCUGGAUGGCAAGCAUGUCAUCACCGUGGAAGGUAUCGGCAAUGUCAACCGGCCACACCCAGCGCAGGAGCGUAUUGCCAAGGGGAAUGGCAGCCAGUGCGGCUUCUGCACUCCUGGUAUAGUGAUGAGCUUGUAUGCCCUGCUGAGGAACAACGACACCCCCACCGAGGACGAGAUCGAGGAGGCCUUUGAUGGCAACCUCUGCCGGUGUACUGGCUACCGGCCCAUCCUCGAUGCUGCUCGGACGUUCAGUGCCGAAAGCGCCUGCGGCAAGAGCAAGACAAACGGUGGCUCUGGUUGCUGCAUGGAGCAGAAUGGCAAUGGAGAUGCGGCCAAGGGAGGCUGCUGCAAGAGCAAGAGUCUUGACGACGGACAGCCGAUCAAGCGUUUCACGCCACCGGGCUUCAUCGAGUACAAGCCAGACACGGAGCUCAUAUUUCCGCCAGCUUUAAAGAAGCACGAGCUGAAACCUCUAGCCUUUGGGAACAAGCGCAAGCGUUGGUAUCGCCCAGUCACGCUCGAGCAGCUUCUUGAGAUCAAGAGCGUCUAUCCUGGUGCCAAGAUCAUUGGCGGCAGCACUGAGACGCAGAUUGAGAUCAAGUUCAAGGCGCUCCAGUACCCUAUCUCUGUGUUUGUCGGGGACAUUCCUGAGCUGCGGCAGUACCAGUUCCACGACGACCACCUGGAAAUCGGGGGUAAUGUUGUUCUCACCGAUUUGGAGAACAUCUGCCAGGAGGCCAUCAAGCACUAUGGCAAGACCAAAGGGCAAGUAUUUGAGGCGAUGCACAAGCAGCUCAAGUACUUUGCUGGGCGACAAAUCAGGAAUGUUGGCACGCCUGCUGGAAAUCUGGCGACAGCAUCUCCGAUUUCUGACCUGAACCCAGUAUUCAUGGCAGCCAACUGUGUUUUGAUCGCAAAGUCAGCCAAGGAGACCACAGAACUUCCCAUGUCGUCCUUUUUCACCGGCUACCGAAAGACAUCGCUUCCUAACGAUGCCAUUAUUGCGGCUAUCCGCAUUCCCGUCAACCGCGAAAAGGGUGACUAUUUUAGAGCAUACAAGCAAGCAAAGCGGAAGGACGAUGACAUCGCUAUCGUGACGGGGGCUUUCCACCUGAAGGUCGAUGAGAAGGGCACGGUGGAACACUGCAAUCUCGUCCUCGGCGGCAUGGCUCCGUUCACUGUCGCGGCAAAGAGGACCAACGAGUACUUGCAGGGCAAGAUGUUUGCCCACCCAGAGACGCUCGAGGGUGCCAUGGGAGCUCUUGGCGAAGACUUCAACCUGAGCUUCAGUGUGCCCGGAGGCAUGGCUUCAUAUCGUCGCGCCUUGGCUCUCAGUUUCUUCUACAGGUUCUACCAGGACUGUCUCGGCGAGCUGAAUGCGGAGAGCCAGCACGGAGACAGCCAGGCUGUAGAGGAGCUCGAGAGAGCCCUUUCAUCUGGCUGGAGGGACGACGAGGUUACUGCGGAAUACGCCAUGGAGACGCUAGGCAAGGCUGGCAAUCACGUUGCUGCCAUGAAGCAAUGUACGGGCGAGGCGCAGUACACUGACGAUAUCCCGCCCAUGAAGAACGAACUCCACGCAUGUCUGGUCCUGUCCACAAGGGCCCACGCCAAAAUCAAGUCCAUCGACUACUCGGCAGCACUUGAUAUUCCCGGCGUAGUAGAUGUCGUCGACAAGAACGACUUGCAUAGUCCGGAAGACAACAAGUGGGGAGCACCCAACUUUGAUGACUUGUUCUUUGCCGAGGACGAGGUCUUCCACUCUGGUAUGCCUAUUGCGAUCGUGCUGGCUACCUCGCAGCAGAAGGCCGCUCAAGGUGUGCGUGCCGUCAAGAUUGAGUACGAAGACCUUCCUGCCGUCUUCACGAUGGAGGAGGCCAUUGAACAGGAGAGCUUCCACAACUUCUUCAGGCAUAUCAAGAAGGGCGAUGUCGAUGAGGCUUUCAAGAACUGCGAUUACACCUUUACGGGCAUCGCGCGCAUGGGUGGACAGGAGCACUUCUACCUCGAGACGAAUGCUACUGUGGCCAUCCCCAAGCCGGAGGACGGAGAAAUGGAGAUCUGGUCCAGCAGCCAGAACCCUACAGAGACACAAGCAUUUGCCUCCCGCAUUCUGGGCGUCGCCUCGAACAAGGUCGUUGCGCGUGUAAAGCGUCUUGGCGGUGGUUUUGGUGGCAAGGAGACGAGAUGUGUCGCGCUCAGCACAAUUUGCGCCCUUGCAGCACAGAAGACGAAGCGGCCAGUCCGAUGCAUGCUGAACCGUGAUGAAGACAUGGUCAUGUCAGGACAGCGGCACCCGUUCCUGGCCAAAUGGAAAGUGGGUGUCAACAAGGAUGGAAAGCUCCAGGCGCUCGAUGUGGACAUCUUCAACAACGCCGGCUGGUCAUUCGACCUCAGUGCCGCCGUGUGCGAACGCGCCAUGACGCACGUCGACAACUGCUACUAUAUCCCCAAUGUCCACGUCCGCGGUCGACUUUGCAAGACCAACACCAUGUCCAACACGGCAUUCCGCGGCUUCGGCGGCCCGCAGGGCAUGUUCAUCACCGAGUCAUAUAUGGCCGAGGUCGCGGACAGACUGGGCCUGCCCGUCGAAGAGCUCCAGCAAAUCAAUAUGUACACCGACGACCAGACGACACACUUCAACCAGAAGAUCGAGGACUGGCAUGUGCCGCUCAUGUACAAGCAGGUAAUGGAGGAGUCAGACUAUGCAAACCGGCGCAAGGCCGUCACCGAGUUCAACGAUACGCACAAGUGGCGCAAGCGCGGACUUGCCCUCAUCCCGACCAAGUUUGGCAUCUCCUUCACGGCGCUGUGGUUCAACCAGGCCGGCGCGCUCGUGCACAUCUACCACGACGGCUCUGUCCUCGUCGCCCACGGCGGCACUGAGAUGGGCCAGGGGUUGCACACCAAGAUGAUCACCCUCGCUGCCCAGGCGCUCAAGGUGCCCCUGGAAAACGUCUACAUCUCCGACACGUCCACGAACACGGUCGCCAAUAGUUCUCCCACCGCCGCCUCCGCAUCCUCCGACCUCAACGGAUACGCAGUCUGGAAUGCCUGCGAGCAGCUCAACGCGCGCCUGGCGCCCUACCGAGAGAAACUCGGUCCCGACGCGACGAUGAAGGAGCUCGCCCACGCGGCGUACUUUGACCGUGUCAACCUCAGUGCCAACGGAUUUUAUAAGACCCCCGAGAUCGGUUAUACCUGGGGCGAGAAUAAGGGCAAGAUGUUCUUCUACUUCACGCAGGGCGUCACUGCUGCCGAGGUCGAGAUCGACUGCCUGACGGGCACCUGGACCUGCCUUCGGGCCGACAUCAAGAUGGACGUCGGGCGGUCCAUCAACCCAUCCAUCGACUACGGACAGAUCGAGGGCGCGUUCCUGCAAGGCCUCGGCCUGUUCACGAUGGAGGAGUCACUCUGGCUUCGAAACGGUCCGGCUGCGGGUAGCUUGUUCACCAAGGGUCCCGGAGCAUACAAGAUCCCCGGCUUCCGCGACGUGCCGCAGGUGUUCAACGUCAGCCUGCUCAAGGGCGUCACGUGGGAGAACCUGCGAACGAUCCAGCGCAGUCGUGGCGUCGGCGAGCCGCCGCUGUUCAUGGGCAGCGCGGUGUUCUUCGCGAUCCGCGAUGCGCUCAAGGGCGCGCGUGCGCAGUACGGGGUCAAGGCGCUGCUGGCUGAGCACGGAGGUGGUCUGUCAGGAGGAGGAGCCGGCGAGACAGCAACGAAUGGCGAGGACAAGGCUGAUGGGCUCUUGAGGUUGGAGAGUCCAGCGACCCCAGAGAGGAUCAGACUGUCUUGUGUCGACCCGAUCAUGGAGAAAGCCCGCGUUGUGCCAAAGGAUGGCGAGAAGAAUUUUUUCAUUGCCAUUUGAAAGGUCUGGUGUUUUGGGAUUCGCGGGUCCGCUGGAGAACAUAUAUUUACCUGGUAACCGGUCAACUUGUAGUUUGUUUUAUUGUAAAAAUUGAUAUUCAUCAUGAAGGAAGCUUGACACGGAAAGUUUGGCUCAAUUGUGCCUCAAUCAUCUUGGAAGCGGCUCUAAACGCAAAGAAACGAGAAUUAUACGCCGGUUGCGAGAGUCUCAUGCCGAUAUCAAAACAC